AUGCACCAGGGCAAGGAGCUGGCCUUUCUAGUGGAUGUUCCCAUUGAUAUAGAUCACGGGGCCGAGGGAACAGUACAAGGGGCCGAGGGAACAGUGCAAGGGGCCGAAGGAAUAGUACAAGAUGCCGAGGGAACAGUACAAGGAGCCGUGGGAACAGUACAGGGGGCCGAGGGAACAGUGCAAGGGGCCGAGGGAACAGUGCAAGGGGCCGAAGGAAUAGUACAAGAUGCCGAGGGAACAGUGCAAGGGGCCGAGGGAACAGUACAAGGGGCCGAGGGAACAGUGCAAGGGGCCGAGGGAACAGUGCAAGGGGCCGAGGGAACAGUACAAGGGGCCGAGGGAACAGUACAAGGAGCCGAGGGAACAGUACAAGGGGCCGAAGGAAUAGUACAAGAUGCCGAGGGAACAGUACAAGGGGCCGAGGGAACAGUACAAGGGGCCGAAGGAAUAGUACAAGAUGCCGAGGGAACAGUACAAGGGGCCGAGGGAACAGUACAAGGGGCCGAGGGAACAGUACAAGGGGCCGAAGGAAUAGUACAAGAUGCCGAGGGAACAGUACAAGGAGCCGAGGGAACAGUACAAGGAGCCGAGGGAACAGUACAAGGGGCCGAAGGAAUAGUACAAGAUGCCGAGGGAACAGUACAAGGGGCCGAGGGAACAGUACAAGGGGCCGAGGGAACAGUACCAGGGGCCGAGGGAACAGUACAAGGGGCCGAGGGAACAGCACAAGGGGCCGAGGGAACAGUACAAGGGGCCGAGGGAACAGUACCAGGGGCUGAGGGAACAGUACCAGGGGCCGAGGGAACAGUACAAGGGACUUAG